AUGGUGGGUGCAAAGGCUGUUACAGGCCCCAGCACCUCCCUCAGCCUGGCACAACGCAUUGAAGUCAGCAGUGUCAUGGUGAAUCCUCCCUUCUACCAGGUGUCUUGUGGGCCUGUUCCCUGUACCUGCUGCUGCCAUUCUAGAUGGCCCCUUGUCACAGAGUCUACUUGUAGCCAUCUGGUCUACAUCCUCCUCCAUGUGGGGUCCUCAGCAGUCUGCUGCCUCCUGCUGUCAAGGACAGUAGUGGAAAGGGUCUGGGGGAAGGCACAUGGGAUCCAGAUGCCCUCAGGGUUGUGUGCCCAUCUGUUUGGCCACCCUCACUGCCCAGUGCUCAGUGGCUCUGGAGCUGUGUACCGAGUAUGUGCAGGAACUGCCACCUUCCACCUGCUGCAGGCUGUGCUGCUAGUGCAGCUCCACUCCCCCACUAGUCUACGUGCACAGCUCCGUAAUAGCUUCUGGCUCCUCAAACUGCUGUUCCUGCUAGGUCUCUGUGCUGUCGCCUUCUGCAUCCCUGAUGAGCAUCUCUUCCCAGCCUGGCAUUACAUUGGCAUCUGUGGAGGCUUCACAUUCAUCCUGCUGCAGUUGGUGCUUAUCACAGCCUUUGCCCAUUCCUGGAACAAAAAUUGGCAGACCGGUGCAGCCCAAUACUGCCACUGGUUCCUAGCUGUACUGCUGGCCACCCUGGGAUUCUACAGCAUGGCAGGUGUGGCAGCUGUGCUCCUGUACCGCCACUACACACACCCAGCUGGCUGCCUGCUCAACAAGAUGCUGCUUAGUCUACACCUUUGUUUCUGUGGCCUCCUCUCCUUCCUCUCCAUCGCUCCCUGCAUCCGCCUCAAGCAACCCCGUUCUGGCCUUCUACAAGCUUCCAUCAUCAGCUGCUGUAUCAUGUACCUGACUUUGUCUGCACUGUCCAGCCGUCCUCCAGAGAGUGUAAUCCUUCAAGGACAAAAUCACACUUUGUGCUUGCCUGGCCUGAGUAAAAUGGAAUCGCAACCAGAUACUUCUCUGGCAGUGCUAAGUACUGGCAUCAUGUAUAUUUGUGUCCUUUAUGCUUGCAAUGAGGCUUCCUACCUGGCUGAGGUAUUUGGACCCCUAUGGAUUGUCAAGGUUUACAGCUAUGAGUUCCAGAAGCCCUCCUGUUUCUGCUGCCCUGAAACAGUGAAACCAAAGGAAGGGCAGAGGGGUGGAGCUGCCAGGCCAGCUGACCAAGAGACCUCUCCAGCUCCUCCAGUGCAAGCUCAGCAUCUCUCCUACAGCUAUUCUGCCUUCCAUUUUGUCUUCUUCCUUGCAUCACUGUAUGUCAUGGUUACCCUUACCAACUGGUUCAGCUAUGAGGGAGCAGAACUGGAAAAGACCUUCAUCAAGGGUAGCUGGGCUACCUUCUGGGUCAAGGUUGCCUCGUGCUGGGCCUGUGUACUCCUCUAUCUUGGGCUUCUACUGGUACCACUCUGUUGGUCCCCCACCCAGGACUCCCAGCCACCUCCUACUUUCAGGCGACAUUGCCAUCGCAUAAAUACCGCAAGAUAA